GAGAUGCUUUUGGAGGAGUCGCUGAAGGUGUCCCGAGCGCAGGUGUUCCACAGAGUGGCGUUCGACGGGGGCUGGGAAGAGGGAACAGCAAUGAUUCGUCGUCAUCAUCCGCACAGGGGAGGAGUGUGGGGGGAAGGCUCAAAGGCACAUUUGGGCGUUUCUUUGAUCGACGUGCAUCGACUUCGUCAACGGGAAGGAGGUGGUAGUGAUGUGCCUGAUGCAAUAGCCGCGGCGGUGGCAGCUUCCCCAUCCACAUUAGAACAAGACACCGAAUGGGAAUGUCGAAGGCACGGUUGGAGCGGGGGGGAAGGACGUAGGACCGUUUUUCGAGAUGGAUCAUUGAAGGUUCGGGGACCUCUGGGAUGCGGAGGAGGUAGUGGGGGAGGAGAAAAGACGAGAAAAGAGGCUGAUCCAUCGUACGAGAGGUGCCAAGUGCUAAACUGGGAACUGAGAAGCCUUGUGCUUGAGGCUGGGUCUUACGUCUGGUCACCUGCGACCCUUGACAAAAUUGUCAAGUCUUGCCAGAACGUCAGCAGACCGAGACAGAUUGGGGGCGAUUGGGGGCGAAAAAAAGGCAAAAACAAUGUGUUUGAGCUCUUGUUUCUUCACCCACAAAGUGCUGUUGCAAUCUUGCCUUGA